AUGGACCAGGCAACGGAAUAUGAUAUCAAGGAACCAAAAAUUGAGACCAAAGACUCAUGGACGCAAACAGAAGCCAAAAGGUCUAAAAACCGGAUCAAAUCAUGGCUAUGUAAAAUUAAGCAAAAAUUAGGUAAACUUGGAAAGCGUUCAGAAAGGGAAGAGAGCCCAGUACAACAAGACGGCUCCUGCUGUUUCUGUUUCCUUCGCUGUUUCAAGAAACUUAGCGUGAAAAAGAUUUUCAGACGCAAAAAAAAUCACAACAGCAGCUCCAACCAAGAGAUCACUGCCGUCUUUAAUGAAAACAGCGGCAAAGAGACUGAAGAAAGCGCAUGCAAGGAAACUGUCAGCAAGGUAAGAGGGUUUCAGCAUCAAUCUCAAGUAGAUACUCAACUGAAACAUAUGUAUCAUUAAAUGGCUACAGUCUAAUGGUCUUAUACAUUUAAACUUUAAUUGUAUUUUUCAAACUUUAAAAAAUAGGAAAACUCAAAUCAAUAUAAAGAUAUGAAACACUGAAAUUGAAAUCAAUAAUUAAACUGUUUAAUUUAGAGUUUUCAUUGCUUUUACUUAUGGGGUAUCCCUUAAUUAGUCAGAUAUGUCAAGCGAAUAUGCUGGUUAAUGCUAGUAAAUUACAAAUAAAGGAGGCACAACCCAAAGUAUGGUACAAAAUUGAAUCCUAUAGAGGCGGAGUAAAAAACUUAGAACCUCUUUUAUGGGGCGACGAAAGUAAUAAUUAUUCACUUUGCAACUUAUUGACAAAAUCCUCCCUGAUUCUUCUUCAAAUCUUAAAAGAAUGGAAAAUUAUCAAGAAAAAACUGAAUAUUAAUAAUAAAAUCCUAGAAAAAAUACAUAUUGAAUCUUUAGAACAAAUCUUGUCAGACAUAAAUUUAAAAAAUUGGUAUAGGAAUUCUCCUUAUAUAACAUCAGAUCUUUAUAAUAGACAACUGAAAAGUUUUGAAGAGUUAAACAUUUUACUAGAUCUACCUCCUAGAGAAGUGUUUAACUAUCUCCGUAUGAAAAGUUUCCUUAAAGAUAAGUUGAUAUCCCUGGAUAGUAGAGAUGGAGGUCUAUUUACAAAUAUAUUUACAGGAUAUGAAGUUAAAAAUGUGACAUCGAUUGCUAUAGAAUUGAUAAGAUUGAAGGGGGGUCAGGAUAUUCCCAAGGCACUAAUAAAAUGGGAAACUGAAUUAGCGAUAAAUAUACCACUGGAUUUGUGGUGUAAGUCUUUUUUGAUGACAAAAAAAAUAUAUCCGUUUGAAUAUUUUGGAAGGUUUUCUUAAAAUUGCAUACAAAUGGUAUAUAGUCCCUUUACGAUUAGCAAAAAUCUCACAGACUAACCCGCCUAAUUGUUGGAGCUGUUUUCAUCCAGAUGGAUCAUUGCUACAUAUUUGGUGGUCCUGCCCCAGAAUUAGAUCCUUGUGGAAUCUGACCUUUAAUCUUGUCUAUUUGUUAGUGGACAAAUCCUUUGAACAAAGGCAGAGUUAGCUCUAUUACAUAUUAGGUCCAGAUACGAACCAAGAAACUGAGAUGGCUCUAAUUCAUUGUUUAUUGGCAACUAAGAUCCUAAUUGUUAGACAUUGGAGAUGUUUAGAGGUUCCCACUAAGGACCAAUUUAAAUCCCAGGUGUAAUACCAGUUAGAGAUGGAAAAAGGUGUAUACUCUACGAAUUUAAUCUCAAAUCAUAGAAUAUUGGAACUAUGUAUCACCCUUUUAGAAAGGACUAACAAGUUCUAAAUAUUCUAACAUGCAUAGAUGACCCUUGAUACGGAUACUUUGAUUGGCUAGGGUUUUAGGUCUCUUUAUUACUGUUUAAUUACUUGGAUGUAUUUUUGGCUCUGAGUUUACACGUUUUUUGUUUCUUUGGGGAGUUUUUGGUAGUAAGUGACGAGCUCUCUGACCUAGUAUUAUGCUGUGAUGGAGAAUGACCAAUACUGUUUGUCUUGUCUGCGUAUUUCUUAUCUGUGCUUUAAAAAGUAUUUGGAAGGUUUAUGCAGAUUUUUCUACAAAAGUAAAAUAUAUACUUCUGUUUAGUAAUGGUAUGUUUUUGGGAGGAUUGGCAUACUCCCUUUUAUGUAUGUUAAGCCUUUUAUAAAUCAAAUAAACAUAAUUUAAAAAAAAACAGCGGCAAAGAGACUGCAGAAAGCGCAUGCAAGGAAACUGUCAACGAGGCAAGAGGGUUUCCACAUCAAUCUCAAGUAGAUACUCAACUGAAACAUAUGUAUCAUUAAAUGGCUACAGUCUAAUGGUUUUAUACAUUUAAACUUUAAUUGUAUUUUUCAAACUUUAAAAAAAUAGGAAAACUCAAAUCAAUAUAAAGAUAUGAAACAGUGAAAUUGAAAUCAAGAAUGAAACUGUUUAAAUUAGAGUUAUCAUUGCUUUUACUUUUAAAAAAGAAAUUACAGCAGGAUAAACAUAUAGAGGUAAAAAUGUUUUAAUCAGUAUAUUUAGCAUUCUUGAAAGGUAGAUGCCUACAUUAAGUAUUCAAACAUUAAUUUGCACUAAAUUAAUACCAAGUGAUUGGAGUGUCCCUUUCAGUACAGUUAAUAAAUGAGUCUAGUAGCCCUUCUGCAUUAAUUGUACUAAAAGUUACAGUCCAGUCCCCUAAAGCACUUUAACUUGCUUAAAGGGACACUGUAGGGACACCUGAAUGGACACUAUGAUAGGCUAAAAGCAGUCAGCUGACACUCAGCCAAUCACAGUCACACAAUGAUGCUCAGGCUAAUGUUUCCUCAUUAGUUUGAGCAGCACAGAUGCGAUGGGCUGCUGGGGGCUCUUGUUUAGCAUUAAAACUUUAAAAAACGUUUAACACUAAAUGGAGCGAUGGUGAUAGGAGACUCCAGACAUGAUAAUCACUUCACUGAGAUGAAGCAGUUUCAGAGCCUACAGUGUUCCUUUAAAUGCUUUAGGGAUUAACUGCAUCUUCUUUCUACUGAUUUUGAUAAAAGCAGCAUUUCACAAAUAUUUCAAGUGGAAUCAGUAAGUUUCUAAAAACCCCUUAGUAACAAAUCCCAACUGUCAAGUAGACAGAUAGGAGCAUUAAUGCCAGAUUGCACGGAUUGCCACAAAUGUGCUGUGUGUUUCUGUGUUUCUCAAUGAGAAGUUACCGAUUGAAUACAAGUCGUCAGUAAAGACGUCACAGGAGACAGAUCAAAGCAGCAACUUGGAGACUCCUCCUGUGCUCUAAUAAAUGUGAGCGUAAUAGCAAUUUCAAUGCAAAACAUGGGAGAGCAGUAAUAAUGCAAAAAUAAUGACUAUAAACGGUCUUAUUGCCUAAAAAAACAUACAAAAGUAACUGACCAUUAUUAUUAUGAAUAUUUUCAGAAUGCUACAAUAGACUCCAGCGUUGAACAGUUGGAUCAAAAUGAGAAGGGAAACUUAAACGAGGUAAUAAAUAUUUAAUAUAAAGUGAGUGUAAUAGUGAAAAGUAAUCUAAAUUUUUUUUCAAUAGAAUAAUUCAUUUCACAAUGCAGAUUAUGCAUGUAUUUAUAUAUUGGGAUCUUUGACACGGUUUGCAUUGAGCAGUGAAUAUGUAGCCAAAUAUUUCAUGCAAAAAUAAUGACUAUGAACUGUUGUUAUUGCUCAAAAAUAUAUAGAAAGUUAACUAAACAUUAUUAUUAUGAAUAUUUUCAGAAUGCUACCAUAGACUCCAGUGCUGAACAGUUGGAACAAAACGAGAAGGGAGACAUAAACGAGGUAAUAAAGAAUUCAUAUAAAGUGAGUGUAAUAGUGAACAGUAAUCUAAAUUAUUUUCAGUAGAAUAAUUCAUUUAACAAUGCAGAUUAUGCAUGUAUUUACAUAUUAGGAUCUUUGACACAGUUUGCAUUGAGCAGUGUAUAUGAAGCCAAAUAUUUCAUGCAAAAAUAAUGACUAUAAACUGUUGUUAUUGCUGAAAAAUUUAUAGAAAGUUAACUAAACAUUACUAUUAUGAAUAUUUUCAGAAUGCUACCAUAGACUCCAGCGCUGAACAGUUGGAACAAAACCAGAAGGGAGACAUAAACGAGGUAAUAAAGAAUUCAUAUAAUUUCCCUGAAUAUUUCACCAUAUAGCAGAUUUCCGACACAAUAGCGAUUAUCAUCUGGGGGGGAGAGUGAUACGGGGGCAUUUUGAGGACCAAAACAUUUCAAUCUUACAAAUCACAACACAAAGACGGAAUUGAAAUGUAAGGAAAAUACAGACAUUUAUAUAUGAAUAUGUAUUUUAAAAAAUGUCUUCUUCUUUAGGAGUUACCAAAGCAGUCUGUUGAGGAGAUAAAACGUGAAAAUAUCCAAAGUUCCCAGACAGCUUCAUCCAGUGCUUUGGUUUCUCACGUCCCCGUACGGUCAGGGAAAUCAAUAACAAGAACUGGCCUAAAAAACCUGGGAAACACGUGUUAUAUGAACAGCGUUUUACAAUCGUUGUUCAUGGCGACAGAGUAAGUUCUCCUUUCGAGUUUAUAUGUUUGUGUGAGAAUCCGACUAAUCUGUGAAAAAUAAAUACGUGGCUGAACAUUGGCCAUACAUUGCAUUAUAUCUCACCAUACUUCAAUCCAUCGAUAAAAUGGCUGCAGGCUGCACUCAGUGAGCAGUUACUGACAGAACUUCACUUAGACUGCUAUAAUAUUUUACACACACCGAGCAGUAUGAUGUCUCAUUAGAUGCAAUGUAUGCAGCACUAUGACACUGAGGGACAUUUUGUACAUAUGGCAUAUCGUGUUUCCUGUGGUCAGCUGGGUAUGAAAACCUACAGGCUUUUUAUUUUACUAAUUAAAGGAGUCUAUCCAACAGGAGCACACUGGCAUUUGUGUGGGGGUUAAUAUAACACUCAAACUGUUUCUGUCUUCUUCUAGUAAAACAUUUUAAUGUAAGUCCUUUCUUUAAUCGGUUACCAUUUAGUGCAGGGCUGCCCAACAGGUAGAUCCCCAGAUGUUGUAGGACUACAACUCCCACGAUGCUUUGUCAUUCUAAAAUGCAUUCUAAAGGCAUGCUAAGCAUCAUGGGAGUUGUAGUUCCACAACAUCUGGGGAUCUACCUGUUGGGCAGCCCUGAUUUAGUGCAACGUCUAUAAUGCGUGAUCUGAUUUUCAGCUUUAGGAGCCGCGUGUUAUCCCUCAAUUUGAAAGGCAAUGAUUCACUGAUGAAGAAAUUGCAACAACUUUUCAACAUCUUGGCUUAUUCUAAGGUAUGCUUUUGUUAAUUGAAAAACAAUGGGGGCAUAUGGCACAUAAAAUAACUAUCUGUCCAUGUAACAGAGAAAAACAGCAGAACACACAACAUGAAACGUUCCACAAAAUAAUAUAGAAUACAGUAAUUAAUAUGCACAAUCCGUGUUAUAUAGCAAACAUUACGAAAUACAUAUUACUAUUACAAAAGCUGAGAUUUAUCAAGAUGCCAUGUUCUGGAACGUUCUAAAAAAAGAAGCAGUCACCAUGGUCACUAGUGGAAUCAGUAGGCACAUCCCACUGGUGAUUGAUUAACUUUUACCGUUUUGCACAUUUCACAUUACAGCAUUGGGAUAAAUCUCCUCCACUGAGUCUAUAGAGUUGAAAACCAAACAAAUGGGACAAAAUCUAGUUUCUUCUUUACAUGUGAAUAUCUCCAUCAAUUCCCCCUGCUAAAGUAACAUUUGGAUCUUCCCUUAUUUCUAACCAGCGAGAAGCAUAUUCUCCAUUGAAAUUUUUCAAUGCGUCUCGUCCACCGUGGUUCAGUGCUUUCUCCCAGGAAGACAGUUCUGAAUAUCUUCGAUUCCUUUUAAACAGGUAAUUAAACAAUUCUUAUAUCCUGAUUAUUUACUUAGUACUAAAUGUAUAAGGUAUACUGUAACGUUAAACAUGGUAUUACUUUAUAAAAGGCACAGUGUCUCUAGAGUAACAAACCUGCCAGUGUUCCCUGCCCACCAUAGAGGAUAAAGUUGGGCAGGGAUGAGAAGAGGUUACACAAGGCACAAAGCCCUUAAGAGGGCAGUCUAACUGUUUGUCUCUUCAAAGCAGACCAUGGAGGGAGGAGGUUUAUUAAAAGCAAGGGAUAAAUAAGUCCCUAAACGUCUAAUCAUGGGCUCAAUUUCAGGAUUGGCAAAAGUUUGCAUUGCAGUCCAUUAGCUCGGGUAUAUUAUUAAAAUUUUACUUACACGUGAAGAACAGAGAGUUGGCUACAUUUGGCCUGUGAAGUAACUACAAACAAUAAGUCCAACUUGAGGUCAAAUCAGUAGAUUAUCUCUCAACAUUCCACUCCCUUUAUUGAUAUUUAAUGAUUUAUACUAACACUGCAAUAAUUAAACUACAAUCAGUGAUGGCUCUAUAAUUAGGAGAGGUAGGUAACCUCCUAAAGUGAGUCGGAGGGGGGUCUCUAGGAAGCUUGCAAGUUGCCCCUCGGGCAGGUGCAGACACAUUGCUUAGUGGCUCAGACAGUUUCUGUAAGUUACCACAGCAGUGCUCUGAUUUAUUAUAGAGCGACAGCCAGAUUGAGUUGCAAACCUGAUAUUGUGCCCACCAGAGGUCAACUUUCCCCCCUUCCUGGCCCAAAAUAAGCAAGAGGGAGGGAAGAAUAAACUUUAAAGAUUUAUUUAAGAUCCCAUAUAUCACACACUAAAGCCCCUCUCUCCCAAAAUACUGUUUAAAGUCUCCCUAGGUACAUCCUAUAUUUGCCCCAUACACACUACAGCCACUAUUUACCCCCUUCCCAUACAGGGCAAUUCCAAAUAAGCAUACCAAAUUAGGGAGCAAUCUACUAUUAUCUACUACUAUUAUCUUCAAUUUAUUUUAGCUAUAGAUAUAAAAGCAGCCUCCCAUCCAUUUAUAGACAUGGCAUCUAGACCUCAUCCAGAAAUAGGUUGCUGACUCAUGUUGUAAGGCCUCUAAUUCCAACUUUGUGAAAGGCCACUGAAAGUCUAGAGUCGUCUCUGACUACAAUAAUAAUAAAAGAACAAAGUUACAUAAUCUACACAGUAUUGUGCUACGAGGGAGCAGCUCAGAAACCUCUCUACACUAGAGGCCUGGUGGGGGCAAUGCCCUCUGCUUCACUUGCCAUCUCUCCAUCGCUAAAUAUAAUAAAAUACCCUCUGGCUAGAAAUGCAUCAACCAAAUGAAAUAUACAAUAUUUUAAGAAAUGUGUUCUUUAUGCUUAUUGCUAGGUAUGAUUCAUAUUAAAUAUAUGUAUUUUUUUUACUUUUUAUGUUAGCCUGCAUGAGGAAGAGAGAAUAGAGUUUUUGUCUUCAGAGGCUGCCGCCAAUGCUCUGGCUACAGAAGUUCCUCCUCAAGAGUCUUCACAAAGCACAAGCUGGGGGAAAGAUGAAAAAACUGUGAUACAACACAUGUUUGAGGGAAAGCUGCAAACUAAUAUCUGCUGCCAAACAUGCAAAAACAUUUCCCAGAAGACGGAGGCUUUUACAGACCUUUCACUGGGAUUCCCACCAUCAUUAAUUGAUACUGGCAAAAAAGAACACCAGGAAAAGCUUUCAGUCAACGACAUGUUCAGCCAUUUCCUAGCACCAGAAAUUCUUGAUGGAGACAACUGCUAUCAGUGUGAAAACUGUGCUUCCCUCCAGAAAGCAAAAAAGACAGUGCAAAUUACAGAGGAGCCAGAAUACCUCAUUCUAAACUUACUGAGGUUUUCUUAUGAUCCAGAACACCACGUGAAGCGGAAGAUAUUCAAUCCAGUGUCUAUUCCACAAAUAUUGAGGCUGCCCGUGGAACGAUCUACCUCUCUGGACACUGAUAUUUCUGGUGCUGGUGAGAAUAAAGCUAAUGAGCUGGCAUCAGUUGGCAUAAAAGGUCGGCGCUCUACCCAACGACGAGUGCCUUAUGCUUUAAAUUCUGUCGUGGUGCAUUCGGGAGCAACUCCUGAAAGCGGCCAUUAUUACUGCUAUGCAAGGGACAUCAGUUUAAGGUCUGUAAAACCUGCGAAGAGCUCCUCCAACGUUUCAUUAGUUCAGGCAGCUGGAGGAGAAAUGCCCACCUCUGGAAGUGAGUCCUCACAGAAGCCCAAACAAUGGCUUUUCUUAAAUGACAGGAGGGUUACCUUUACAUCUCAGCGCCAUGUGUUAAAUACCAGCCUGCGGUCUCCAGAAGACACUGUAUAUAUAUUAUUUUAUAAAAAGCUGAGCUGA